UACAUUUUUUUUUUUCCUUCUCUUGUCUCCAAGCGAGUACUUUUGGCAAAGGACGGAGGAAAAGCUCAGCAGCAUUUUGGGGGGCGGUUGUGUUUUUUUAAGAAAAAUAUUUGCAUCGCAAUGGAGAAAAUGUCCCGACCGCUCCCCCUGAACCCCGCCUUUAUCCCGCCUCCCUACGGCGUGCUCAGGUCCUUGCUGGAGAACCCGCUGAAGCUCCCCCUUCAUCCUGAAGACGCGUUUCAUAAGGACAAAGACAAGGACAAGAAGCUGGACGAUGAGAGUCACAGCCCGACCGUCCCCCAGUCCGCCUUCCUGGGACCCACCUUAUGGGACAAAACCCUUCCCUAUGACGGAGACACUUUCCAGUUGGAGUACAUGGACCUGGAGGAGUUUCUGUCCGAAAACGGCAUUCCCCCCAGCCCUCAGCACGAUCACAGCCCGCACCCUCCGGCGCUGCCGCCCGCCUCCUCCACGGCCCCCUCCGUGGUGGACCUCAGCAGCCGGGCCUCUGCACCCCUUCACCCUGGCAUCCCAUCCCCGACCUGUAUGCAGAGCCCCAUCAGACCAGGUCAGCUGUUGCCGGCGAACCGCAAUACACCGAGCCCCAUCGAUCCCGACACCAUCCAGGUCCCGGUGGGUUAUGAGCCGGACCCGGCGGAUCUCGCCCUGUCCAGCAUCCCCGGCCAGGAAAUGUUUGACCCUCGCAAACGCAAGUUCUCCGAGGAAGAACUGAAGCCGCAGCCCAUGAUUAAGAAAGCUCGCAAAGUCUUCAUCCCUGAUGAUCUGAAGCAGGAUGACAAGUACUGGGCAAGGCGCAGAAAGAACAACAUGGCAGCCAAGCGCUCCCGCGACGCGCGGCGGCUGAAGGAGAACCAGAUCGCCAUCCGCGCGUCCUUCCUGGAGAAGGAGAACUCGGCCCUGCGCCAGGAGGUGGCCGACUUGCGCAAGGAGCUGGGCAAGUGCAAGAACAUUCUGGCCAAGUACGAGGCCAGGCACGGGCCCCUGUAGGACGGUAUGGGGGCGGGGGGCGGGGGGGGGCUGGCUUUGGACUAGAUGGACACU